UAGUUUUGGGCCAGCAGCAGAGUAGCGUACACGUUGGUGUCUGUGUGCUGUGUUAACUAAAUAUUGUCAUUCAGUGCAUUAAUUAUCUAGUAAUUAUUUAAAACGUAUUAAUUAGAUGAGUUUAAGGCAAUGCUAUAAAUGCAUUCUGUAUUUUUCGGUUUUAGCAAGUUAUAGUCCAUGUGAUUAAUGGUUUAAUGUGAUUAAUAGUUGAACAGAAUGCCGGACGCAGCAAAUUUUAGCUUACGGGUGGUAUCAGUGAAGAAUAAGCAACGUAUGUUAGAAAAGCCAACAAUCCCAUUUGUGAAACGAAGUGUUGCAAUGAAACACCGUCGUAUAAGCGAUCAUGCGAAAUACGCUGGCAUCCGCUCUCCGAUCAAGUUUAAUUGGAAAUCUUAUGAAAUUGUCCAGAACGCCUACACCAACAGCUCUAUAAAACCUAACUUUGAACUUCAGUCACCGCGUCUCCAGUCCACGCCGACGCCGAGCCUGAUGGAUUGCAUGCCCCAGGCUCAGUUUUCGAAUAAAGAAUCUGUGGGCACCAGCAAAGUAUGUCCUGCUAUAGGGCCCAUAGGGGAGCGAAAGCUUGAAGCCAAAGAGAAGUCUGCUUGUUUGAGAUUCGACAAAAAUACAAGGAGGCAACGAGGUUGCUCUCAAUCGCGGAUCCUCGACAGAGAAAGCCAAUACAGCAGACACAGGCGAACCCUGGCUGAACCGACUAUGAGGAGGGCCAGUUCUACGAAGAAUCUCGCUGCCAGGAGCGAUGCGUCGGAGUCUUUUCAUGAAGACGUCGGUCCUGCGCCAUCCAUGUCCCGUGGCGUCACCCUGGGCAACAAGUCAAAGUGUUGGUGUGAGCAGCCAAGCAAGAGCGGCUGCUGCGUCCACGCGAAUACAGACUACGUCGCAAUCGUCAGCUUCGCACCGCCAUCAGAUAUCAAUAUAGUAGAAUCGUGCAAAAAUGAGCACAUAAUUCUGGAACGAUCUCGGUAUUUGACUCUUGGUAUGACUCCAACUGCGAGAACUCUAUCUUUUUGCAAGGCAUCGACAACUAGACAAGUCAUGAAUAAUAGUCCGGUGAGCUCGUUCCGUUGCUAUAAAAACGUCGACGUUUGUUUUCCUAAUAUUAGAGGCUGCAAGAAGAACGAUAUCAUCGAUACCAGGAUGAGAGAAGAAAACUCGCUUCACUACGCAGUGACUGAUUUGCUUGUUCCAGGUUAUUUCCCAGCAACAGACGACAAUCUGAAAAACAUCAAGCUAGUCAAAGGCUACGUGGCCAACGACAAAGAAAUCGGGUGUGCACGUAGAAACUCGACGAAAAGUGAUAAGAAUGUUUACUCAAACGCCCGAAACUCGACUACUGACAACGGCACGACGAAUGUGAAAUGUGACACCACCGCCCACUUGCAGGAACAUGAUUCAAUAGUAGACGAUGAGUGUUACUUAAACAUAGCAGGUUUUUCCAACGAAGUUCCUUACGUUGAUCACUUGGUGAGUUGCCUAUGCAGUACACAUCUCGGUAACGACUCUGUACAAAUUCCAGCCAUGAAUAAGACUGGUACUGAUGUCGUACCUCAGCCGACGCGCAGUGAAAAACCAAAGGAAAAUAAAUUCUUGCUGAGGAAAUCCAGUUCAAAGAGACGACCGCGUAAUACUUCAGGGCCAAGGUGUAACCUGUGGACAACUUGCUUGUCUGGGUCGCAACCAGAUCUUGGUUUCACUAUAGAUGGUUCUAUACUAGCUUAGGUUGCAAUGAAGCUCAUUUUCAGAGUUGCUUCUAAACUUGGAUGAACAGAUUUAUUUUUGUGCCCUCGAUGGCUUCAGUAUAAUAAACUUUUGUAACUAAUGUAUAUUUUUGUCAAGAGUUAGACUUAACCUUUAGCCAUAUUGGUUGAUUUGACCUAACUUGAACGACGCGCUCUUUUUUGAAGAACGAAAAGUCCAACAUAGAUAGCUGGAGAAAAUGUUCGUAAUAAAAUUUAUUUUAAGUAAAAACUUAUAUUUUUGAAACUUCCUUUAGAGAGUUAUGUGAUCUUAUAUCCAUUCAGAGCACAGGAACGAAAUCAUUUCCAUCAUCGUGUAGUUAUUACAAGAUGAACGUAAUUUAAUUUUAAUUUUUAAAAAGUUGCGUUCAGACCGAAGUGAGUUAUGUUAUCAGACAGGUUACAAAACAUUGAUAUUCAAAACUGUUCGUAGCAUGAACUGGAAAUGUUAUCAUUUCACACAAUAUGAACAAUUC